CGGCGUGGCUCCAUGUUUAAGGUGGAUACGUUUAUAUUAUUGUAGUACAAGCCAUCGAUGUUGAAGUCGAGUCCACAUGAUUCACGGCACCAAUGCGACAAGGUCUUUUUUGGUGGCUCUGAUUGAACGGUCCUCUCGGUUUCUCACAUUCAAUUCGAAAAAUUACUCGCCUUUUCUCCUCUCCGAGAGCCCGGUUUGAAUUAUUCAUCAGACGCAAACAAGAAAAACCAAAACUUUCGGUGAUGAAUGUUUGAACCAUAGCACUGUGUAAUUGGAGAACGUAGGGACGAAAGCUUCGAUUUUUUUCAUUGUUCCCGUGAAUACCGAGGUGGGUAUUUGAGGAAACAUUGUCCUCCAUCUGGGUAUUCGAUUUUCUCUUCUUUUUUUUGUUGAGUGCGAAUCAUGGAGGGGGAGGGCAAGUACGCCAGAGAGUUGGACGUGGCGGUAAGAGUUGUGCAUAUGGUGUGUGCUCUGUGCCAGAGAGUGCAGGAUGGGUUGGUGUCUGCAAGCAGUGGCCAGGUUACGUCUAAGGAUGAUGACUCUCCUGUCACUAUUGCAGAUUGGAGUGUUCAAGCAACUGUCCGCUGGAUACUGUCGGAUAUUUUUGGGGAUCACAAUGUAUCAAUUGUUGCUGAAGAAGAUGUGCAAGCCCUCUCCAAGCCUGAUUCAACAGAUUUGCUGGCAGCUGUGGUGAACACUGUGAAUGAGUGCUUGGCUGAGGCUCCUAGGUAUGGUCUCCCGACUCCAGACACUCCCCUUGAGACUUUCCAAAUUCUUGAGGCUAUCGAAGGAUGCAACUCGUCUGGGGGUCCAACUGGAAGACACUGGGUACUUGACCCUAUUGAUGGAACAUUGGGAUUUGUACGUGGUGAUCAAUAUGCAGUAGCUCUGGCAUUGAUUGAGGAUGGAAAAGUUAUGAUUGGAGUUCUUGGAUGCCCUAAUUACCCAAUGAAGAAGGAAUUGCUAAAUUACCCUUAUCGAUGUCAUCUAGCCUUGUCAAAAUUGUCUCAACCUGAUCCUGAUACAUGGGAAACAGGAUGUAUAAUUUAUGCAAUGAGAGGCAGCGGUAAGGCCUGGAUGCAGCCAUUGAUAUAUGGAGAUAUGAAACUUGAAUGGCCAAAUUCUGCAAGGGAAAUCCAUGUUUCUGGCAUUGUUGAUCCAGCACUUGCAACCUUUUGUGAAUCAGUGGAAAGGACAAAUACAAACCACUCUUUAACUGCUGGAGUUGCUCACAGCAUGGGGCUCAGGAAGCAACCCUUGCGUGUAUAUAGCAUGGUAAAAUAUGCAGCCAUUGCACGAGGGGAUGCUGAGAUUUUUAUGAAGUUUGCUAGAUCCGGCUACAAAGAGAAGAUAUGGGAUCAUGCUGCUGGUGUUGUAAUUGUGGAAGAGGCUGGUGGUGUGGUAACUGAUGCAGGAGGGCGUUCCCUAGACUUUUCGAGGGGGGUUUACUUGGAAGGUCUUGAUCGAGGAAUAGUUGCUUGCUCUGGGCCCAUACUACUUGAGAAGCUAAUUGGGGCUGUUUAUGCUAGCUGGGACUCUUCCAACCUAUGAAACUUACUGCAUUACGUGCAAUGGAACAAACAGAAGUUUGUCACUAUAUUGGGUAGGGUCAAGCAAUUUGCUGAGAACGGUCAUCGUCAAAGUUGACCAGCGCACUUUGAUUUUUGGUUAGCUCCUUGCUUCCCUCUGCUAAUUUACGAGCAUCUGGGUUGCUUGGAACUUUGCUAGUUUAACAAUUUUUGAACAUAAUUUUGAGAUCACUAUUCUAUGCAUUGUUGAUGCAAAGCGAUUAUUGCAAGACUGCUGAGAUGGAAAAAAUUUGUCUUUAAGCCUGUCAACUUUUAUUUAAAUAAUGAUAUUAGUCGGAUUAUGUAUAUAUUAAUUCUGUGGCA